CUUUUUCUUUCUGUUUCUAUAGUGUCUAUGGAAAACAUUGGUGAACAAGUUGUGUGUCUAAUGGCUUAUCAUCUACUUUUUGCAAUGUUUAUCUGGUCAUACUGGAAAACUAUCUUUACAUUACCGAUGAAUCCUUCAAAAGAAUUCCAUCUCUCCUAUGCAGAGAAAGAACUAUUGGAGAGAGAGCCAAGGGGCGAAGCUCAUCAGGAAGUUCUUAGGCGAGCUGCCAGAGACCUUCCCAUCUAUACCAGGACCAUGUCUGGAGCAAUCCGCUAUUGUGACAGAUGCCAACUUAUAAAACCAGAUCGCUGCCACCACUGUUCCGUCUGUGAUAAAUGCAUCUUGAAGAUGGAUCAUCACUGCCCAUGGGUGAACAAUUGUGUUGGAUUUUCAAAUUAUAAAUUCUUCCUUCUUUUCUUGGCUUAUUCUCUUCUGUACUGCCUUUUUAUUGCUGCCACUGAUUUACAGUAUUUUAUCAGAUUUUGGACAAAUGGCCUACCUGAUACCCAAGCCAAGUUCCAUAUUAUGUUUUUAUUCUUUGCUGCAGCUAUGUUUUCUGUCAGCUUGUCUUCUCUGUUUGGUUAUCAUUGUUGGCUAGUCAGCAAAAAUAAAUCUACAUUAGAGGCAUUCAGAAGUCCAGUUUUCCGACACGGAACAGAUAAGAAUGGAUUCAGCUUGGGUUUCAGUAAAAACAUGCGACAAGUUUUUGGCGAUGAGAAGAAAUACUGGUUUCUGCCUGUUUUUUCAAGCCUAGGUGAUGGCUGUUCAUUUCCAACCUGCCUUGUUAACCAGGAUCCUGAACAACCACCCACUCCUGCAGGACUGAGUUCAGCAGCUAAAAAUCCUGAAAACCAUCAAUUUCCUGCAAAGCCAUUAAGAGAGUCCCAGAGCCAUCUCCUUACUGAUUCUCAGUCUUGGACAGAAAGCAGCAUAAACCCAGAAAAAGGCAAAGCUGGUAUGAGUAACCCUGCAUUAACCAUGGAGAAUGAGACUUAAUUCUUAAGGUACUAAUGAUACAGAAGGAUGAAAGAGGCUUCUCACAGGAAGGCACCAUCUGCCACUUGUGCUUGUAUUAUACUUUGGGGCAGAUUUUUUUGUUCAUUUAUUUUUAUUUCUUCCAUACUGGGAAAUCUAACCCAGAGCUUUGUGCUUGCAAGCACUGUACAACUGGGCUACAUAAAGCAUAACAUGUUUUGAUCCAAUAUAUACAUUGUUACAACUAAUGAAUUCCUAUUAUGUAUUAAAAGUAAUUGUGGUUUAGUUAUCAAAGGGGAAAUAUCAUCUAUUAAAAACUGGGAAUAAAUUCAUAGGUCAGUUUUUUACGAGCUUAAUCCCAUUAGCUAUUUGGGUUUUCUGAUUCAGAAAGUGUGGGCUAAUGGACAAAAAUUGAUACAUUCAAGCUACAUUAUAAUUUUAAGCUUAAUUUGUGAAAUCUAUUCACUACCUUUAAAGAGAAGGUAAAAAUCAGACUUAACAUUGAUUUUUCCCUCUAUGUGAAUCUAAACCUCAGACAGAGAGUUCUAGCAAAGUGAAUAUGGCCGUCCAUUUUUGCCAGAUGUUAAUUAAAAUUCUAAUCUUUUCUCCUUUCUGGAAAGUAAGCAUUGAAACUUGAGCUUACUAUUCAAAGCAAUUACCUAGAAAACUUUUCUCAGAACUAAGAACGUUCUGACAAAAGAAUUCUAUUAUAUCAGAAAUAUAUUUUCAUCUCUUCUAAUCUUAAAUUGGUGGGGCAAGAAAUCUAUUAUAACAAUUAUUCUUUUGUUUGGCUUUUAUAAAAUCUCUUCUUCAGGUUAUUUCUUUUAUUGAAUAUAUGUAUUUAAUUGUUGUUGAGAAUUCCAUAGAGAUCAAUGGAUUAUUUCUCCAGGAAUGUCUAUAUUAUUUCUAUAUCUUCCUAAAAUAUAACAAUCUGUAUUUUUCUUUAAAUUCAUAUCAGGAUUAAAUUAUACAAAUCAUUAAACAAAACCAUACACUUUUGGAAAUUUAGUUCAAUAUGAACUAAAUGGUGUGCUGUCUGGAAAUUAGUUUAAGAUAAGCUAACAUGAUGUGUCUGUUGAUGCCAAAAUGUUUGGCUUCAAUAAACAUAUUCAGAAGCUCCUGUGCCUUGUAUGCACUAUUUAAAAAAAAUCUCACUUAAAAAAACAACACUUGAAUGGCUCUUAAGUUUUGUAAAUGCUAACAACUAGAAUAAUAAGGUAUAUAAUUUCUUUGGUAGUGAUUUUGAGAAUGUACCUAUUAAAAACAGCUAAGUAAUUGGUGUAAAUAUGUUCAACACACCAUAAGCUAGAUCAGGAAGUAAUAGAGUAAAAGAUCCAUGCAAUUGCUAAUCUGUGCUUUUAAAAAAUAUAUAGUUUUAUAUUAAAUAUGUUUAUGCCAGCUGAGUCCAUUUUCCAGUUCAUUUCAGUGCAAUUGUUUAAACUCUAGAAUGGCCAUUAUUUGCACUUUUUUUCUUAUUCAAGUGUUUGAUCUGACAAUCUGCUUUAAGAAAUCUCAAAGAUAUAGUAGUUUUACUUUUAUCUUGAAAGUUUUUGGUCAUUUGUCAUUACCUGAAGUGCCAGACUAGACCCUCUAACUCUUGCUAUUAGUCUUAAGGGACAGUAGCCACAUAUGAUAUAUUAAGAAUUAUGUGCAGCCAAGUGUUUGGGGAAGCACAGUAGUACUACAGCUGUUUUCUUUGACAUUCUGUUAAAUAUUUCUUGUCCAAAGGAAGCUAGGGGUGAAGGGAGGGAUUUUUAUCAUUUACCCUGCUAGAAUAAUGUUAACUCUUCCUCCAAGUCUUUGGGGUAUACAUUAGAUUUGGAUAAGUUUUAAAAAAAUAA